CACUUGGCCUCACCUUCCCUGAUAAACAAUAAAACUGUACACACUUCCGUGCCCUCUCUCUCUCUCAAUGCUUCACAAUGAAUGAUCAACACUCUAGACCCGUUACCGGCUAUCCGGCGGCAACUCCGGCGCAACCUAGCACCAACCCCAAUGGUUACUCCACCACCAACACCGCCUACCCAUACGUUGCACCACCACCCCCUCACCAUCCAUACUACGCCCAAAACCCCUACUACCACCAACAAAACCCUUACGCCGCCCAGCGCGCCACCUUCAUCCGCCGCAUCUUCGCCGUGAUCAUAGCCGCCUUCAUCAUCACGGGCACCAUCAUCUUCAUCGUGUGGCUCAUCCUCCGUCCCCGCCUCCCCGAGUUCCGAGUCGGCUCAGUAGCCGUUUCCAACUUCAACCUCUCCUCCUCCACUUCCCUAAUUUCCGGAAAUUGGGACGUCGGGUUCACCGUGAGAAACCCUAACAAGAAAAUCAAACUCUACUAUGAUCACAUCGAUGCUAGGGUUUUCCACGGAUCUGAUUCACUCGCGGCGACCACCGUACCACCGUUUUACCAGACCACCAGAAAUAUGACCACCAUUAAAGCGAGCUUUGCGGCGUCGGGGGCAUAUGUGGAUAGGAGGGUUGUGGAUGGGAUUAAUUCGGAGAGGAAUAGCGGCAGUGUGAGUUUUGAUGUGAGUAUGGUGGCUAUGGUUAGGUUUAAGGCCGGGGCGUGGCGGCCAAGGAGGCGGUUUUUGAGGGUUUUUUGCGGUGAUUUGCGGGUUGGACUGACGGGGAAUGGUAAUAGAGGGUCGUUGAUCGGAGGAGCAAGUCAGUGCAGGGUGGGGAUUUGACACUCUGGCUAUGACUGUGAGUGAGUUUUAGGUGUUUUUAUUAAUAUCAUGUUUUGUUACUUGUUUUAGGAAUUAUAAUGUCUGUGGAUAAUGAUGGAAAUAUGAUGAAUAAUAGGAGGCAGAGGUAUAUUGUGCAAAUACACGCAAGUGUAAGUUUAUUUCUUUUAGAUUGGUAAAUUUGGGUUUAUGCUAAUUGAUUGUUUUUGUUGUUAUUUUGACAGCAGUCUACCGUUUUUUUCGAUAUGUUUAGUGCUACUUUUGGUGAUUGUGUUUUGUUAUUGAGAUAAUUUUGGCUGAUAUCAGUUGUGUUUGUUAUUGAAGCAAUUUUUACUUCUUUUCUGAUUCUGUUUUAGUUUUUGGGCUU